AAAGAAAAGCCCUAGCAAAUCAAUCAAUCAAUCUAUCUCCAGCCAAAUUUCUGUGGGCAAUGGCCGGAAGGGAAGUCCGCGAGUAUACCAAUCUUACCGAUCCCAAAGAUAAGAAGUUUGGAAAGGGCAAGGACAGAAUCGAUGACGAAGAAAUUACUUUCCAGCGCAUGGUCGCCAAGAUGCAAGAGGUUGCUGGAGAACGUGGUGGCUACCUUCAUGGACGAGGCGCUUUGGACAGCGAUGAUUUACUUUAUCUCAAGGAGCAGAUGGAAGCUGAAGAAGAUGCUGAGCGUCUUCUACGCCGUACGGAGAAACGAGCAUUUGCUGCAUUUAAGAAAGCUGUGGCUGAAGCUUCCCCCACAUCAGUUCCCUUGCCACUACGUGUGGAACCCAAGCCCAAGAGUGGGAUCAGGCAGCAAGACUUACUGAAGAGGGUGGUGGAAGUGAAGCCGAAGAAGCAGAUUGUUUCUAGCGCUUGUGAUAUAGAUCCAUCCUCUAUGAUUUUGAGUGGACGUCCAUCUAAAAAACAUCAACCAUCGAGUGAUCACGAGGAAAAAGGUCAGUCUUCCAGCCAAGUGGUAGAGGAGACAAAACUGGAUAACCCUGUUAAAAGUUUGCUAGCGGCAUAUGAUAGUUCUGAUGAUGAAGACUGAUACAGGAGUGUGGUCUUGCCUUUCCAUUUUUCUCAUGCUGCAAUGCUAUAUAUCUCUCCUCUCGCUACUGAACACUCUGUGAACUUAGAUCGUUAUCACAUAAUUAGAAUCUGAAACUUUUUCUUACAAAUUAUAGUUCCUUUUUCUGCUUUAGAUCUAUUUUCAUUUUUCCCCUUUAGACCUAUUUCUGCAGUUGGUGUUGGUGGAUAUUAGAAGAAACAAAGUUGAGGCUGUAAGGCCUUGUAGCCAGAUUGAUAUUUGUAUAAAUUGUAGUUGAUAAAGUUGAGAUUAUGCAAGCCCGUUGUGUAGA